CAGAGGCGGUUACAGCUGCUGGGGUUCGAGACUGCUGAGGUUUUGACCUGCUGCCAACGAGGAAGCUGACUGAAAUACAACGGGCAAACACCAGAGCAGUUUUUUUCUUUCUUGCUUUUAUAAAAUCAACGAACUGGUCCUCAUUUUCAGUCCAUUUGUGCUUCCUAAGGUGAACAGGUCACCAUGUCUUCCAUGGACAUAGAGAGGCUGAAGAUGUCGGGGGCAGGUCGGGCCAUGGCUGUGCUGACCAGCGGUGGAGAUGCACAAGGGAUGAAUGCUGCAGUUCGAGCUGUUACCAGAAUGGGCAUUUAUGUGGGAGCCAAAGUCUAUCUUAUUCAUGAGGGAUACCAGGGCCUGGUUGAUGGAGGAGACAACAUCAAAUUAGCACACUGGCACAGUGUGACCAACAUUAUCCAGCUGGGUGGGACUGUGAUUGGUAGCGCCCGCUGCAAGGCCUUCCCAACUCGUGAGGGUAGACUCGCUGCCGCCUACAACCUGGUGAAGAAAGGCAUCACCAACCUGUGUGUGUGCGGCGGGGACGGCAGCCUCACUGGAGCCAACAUCUUCCGCAGCGAGUGGACCGGUCUGCUGGAUGAGCUUGUGAAGAAAGGAAGGAUCACAGACGAGGUGGCAAAGCAGCACAGCCACCUGAACAUUGUCGGGCUCGUGGGCUCCAUAGACAAUGACUUCUGCGGCACGGACAUGACCAUCGGAGCCGACUCUGCGCUGCAUCGCAUCAUGGAGAUAAUAGAUGCCAUCAUGACAACUGCGCAGAGCCACCAGCGCACUUUUGUUCUUGAAGUUAUGGGCCGACACUGUGGUUACCUGGCCUUGGUGUCGGCGUUGGCAUCUGGAGCAGACUGGGUCUUUAUACCAGAAUGUCCUCCACCCGAGGGCUGGGAGGACAACAUGUGUGCUCGUCUGGAGGGGAGCCGGAAUAAGGGAUCAAGACUCAAUAUUAUCAUCGUGGCAGAGGGAGCCAUUGAUUCCAAUGGAAAGCCAAUCUCCUCAACCUACAUUAAAGAUCUGGUGGUGAAGAGGCUGGGCUUGGACACCAGAGUGACGGUGCUUGGUCACGUCCAGCGAGGAGGGACUCCCUCAGCAUUUGACAGAAUACUGAGCUCUAAAUUGGGUAUGGAGGCCGUCAUUGCCCUGAUGGAGGCCUCUCCUGACACCCCAGCCUGCGUCAUUGGCCUGUCAGGCAACCACGUCGUCCGUCUGCCUCUAAUGGAGUGUGUGGAGCUGACUAAGAUGGUGCAGAUGGCCAUGAAUGAGAAAAGAUUUGAUGAAGCUGUUCAAUUGCGUGGAGGGAGUUUUCAGAAUAACUGGAACAUCUACAAGCUUCUUUCCAUCCAGAAGCCUGCCCAGACCCAGAGCAACUUCUCUGUGGCUAUUCUGAAUGUGGGCGCUCCGGCUGGAGGGAUGAACGCCGCAGUGCGGUCGGCUGUGAGGGUGGCGGUCGCUCAUGGACACAAGGUCUACGCUGUUCAUGACGGCUUCCUGGGGCUCGCUAAUGGAGACAUCUUUGAGAUGAAAUGGCACGAUGUGGCCGGCUGGACGGGGCAGGGGGGCUCGCUGCUGGGGACCAAAAGAACCCUUCCCAAUAAAAACAUCGAGAAGAUUGUUGAGAACCUUGGCAAGUUCAGUAUUUCGGCUCUCCUUGUAGUCGGAGGGUUUGAGGGAUAUGAAGGUUUGCUGCAGCUGUAUGAAGCUCGGGGUCAAUAUGAGGAGCUCUGCAUCCCCAUGUGUAUCAUCCCAGCUACCAUCAGCAACAACGUUCCUGGAACUGAUUUCAGCCUCGGAGCCGACACGGCUGUCAACGCUGCCAUGGCGGGCUGUGACAAGAUCAAACAGUCUGCCUCUGGGACCAAAAGACGAGUGUUUGUGGUGGAGACGAUGGGUGGAUACUGUGGCUAUCUGGCAACCUCCACUGGUAUAGCCGUGGGUGCUGAUGCUGCGUACAUAUAUGAAGAGCCAUUCAACAUCCAUGAUCUCAAGACCAAUGUGGAGCAUUUGGCUGAAAAGAUGAAGAAAGACAUCCAGCGAGGUCUUGUGUUGAGGAAUGAAAAAUGCCAUGAAAACUACACAACAGAUUUCAUCCAUAGACUAUAUUCAGCAGAGGGGAAGGGUGUCUUCGACUGCAGGGUCAACGUACUGGGACACCUCCAGCAGGGAGGGGCACCUUCUCCCUUUGACAGAAAUUUCGGCACCAAGUUGGGUGUGAAGGCGAUCCAAUGGAUUUCAGAGAAGCUGACGGAAAGUUUCAGACAAGCAGGACGGGUGUUUUCCAACUCACCAGAUACUGCAUGUGUGCUCGGCAUCAACAGGAAGGUUGUCUCGUUCAUCCCCGUCACUGAGCUGAAGGCUGUGACUGACUUUGAGCACCGGAUGCCCAUCGUUCAGUGGUGGUUUAAUUUGAGGCCAAUGCUGAAAAUGUUGGCCAAGUACCAAACCAGCUUCUGUGAAUACAUCCCAGGAGAGAUUGAGCAUGUGACCCGACGCUCCAUCAGCAUCGACGCAGGAUACUAGGCUUUCUCUAACAAGAGUGCUGUAUGCACUUUUUUUUUAACCCUCAUCUUGUCCAUCCUUUAUUUCUAUGAUUACAUAAGGAGAUAUUGUCUCAUUUAACUAUGAGUGUGGUCUUUCAGUGCUUUCCCUCAAAGUAUCAAUCUGGGACAUUCCAGUUAUUAUUCCUGAACAGCCGUAUAUUUACAACACACAGCCUCUUCAAUCUGAAAGACCAUGCUCUCGAGUAAAAAACAGAAAAUAUCCCUUUGAUAAAAUGCUUUAUAAACAACACUGGCAUGGGAGUUAAAGUAGGUUAAAUUAUGUCAACGUCCAAUAGAAGUAUUCCUUUAUUGAUUUAAAUAUUUAAUACAGAGAACACGUUUAUUACUUGUGCCAAUGGGGCACUAGAUACUCGUACACUCAAACUGCUGCUAUAAACAGACAACCAGGUGUGCCGUACAACAAAAGUAAAAAGAAAAGAAUUUACUAAAAAGAACAGUGAAUGUAUGUAGUGUUUGCCUUCAAAAUCCCAUACAGCUGAGCCAGAAACAAGAUAACUUGGAGCCUUUGUUAAAAAAAACUGUUUCUGCUCAUCUUUCAGUAUUGUAACUAAAAAAUGAGUACUAAUUCAAGUUUUUUUUGUGUACCACUGUGACUGUGUGAUUUAAGGGACCAGUUGGAUGUUCAUUUCCUUUUUUGUUAUAAUGGAACAAGGCUUUUACCACUAACUGAACUGAGCAACUCAAACUAUCAAUGCUGUUUAUUAUGCUGCAAAACAUUUAAAAGUAUACAAUUACUUCACUCAAAAGAGGGAAAUUUGCAAAGAAAUAUGUGCUCAUCUUGGUGCUUUAAAGUUGAUAUAAAUGCUCUAUUUGUAUCCUCAAUAAAUGUUAUGAACGAUAAAA